AUGGCCUCUCUCCUCUCCUCCCACCUCGAGCAAAUCUCUCUAUGCGCCACUUCCAUCUCCGAGCUUCCCUUUCCUGGACCUAAGAGAUUCACGAACGCCCUGCUCGGCCAGCAUGAUAUCACUGCUCUCAUUCGAGACACCGAGACUCAUGAGCGGGCACUCUUUCAUCUUGCGCCGCCUCCAUUGCCUAGCAAAUCUGCCGCCCAGGACUUUGUCGGCACAUCAGUCAGCGAGCCAGCGCCCACCAAGACGCCACGGAGAGCCACAGUAUAUGGCCAUCGACAACCCAAAAACAAAGCUGUCGCAGCAGUCCUGGGUGGCGACCUGUAUCAGCGUACGCGGAAGGAAGGCGCGGCCGUGAGACAAAAGGGCGACGUUGAUGUUGAGGUAUUGCUGGAAGGUGCAGAACGACUGCUGGCUGUGUACCCAGUUUCUGGAGCGGCGGAUAGGAUCUCACAACUUCGACGACGACAUCAGCAACUCGCUGCGAACAUCAGCCACUAUGAAGCCCAUGUCAACAAGCAAAGUGCGCAACUGUCGAGGAUGAACCGGUCGACGUAUAGUGAGGAUGAGGAUGAUCUCGGCGAUGAUGAGCCUACGAUCAGCAUCGCGACCAUGACCAAGGAGGACCUGGAGAAGGAAGAAGCCGAGAUCCAGGAGCUGGAGCGGAAGAAGAAAGCUCUCGAAGAUCGCGUUAGUGGGAUGGAGAGGGAUCUUGGAGGACUGAUGCGAUGA